AUGAGGCUAGCACCAAAUGUGUACGGGACUGUCACCAAAAUAAUAAUGAAGAGAAGGGAGAAAAGGGGAGAAGUACAAGAGAAGGAGGAGGUAGGAAAGAUAGUCCAGAGGAAAGUGGGAAAGGGGAGAUUAAGAGAAGAGGCCCAUGGCAUCCCACGAGCUGUAGUCAAAGUCCUCCUCUGUUCGGCCCUGGUCAACAACAGCAUCUUCGCGUCCCUGGCCGUCAAGUACGACUAUCACAAAUACUUCAAGGCUGUGUCCCCUGAGCUCGUCCAUGUCAUCGAUGACUUCGUGCAGUUCCAGCUGGAGAAGAACGAGAUGCAGGGCAUGGACUCCGAGCUAAGGAGAUCCAAGGAGGACGAAGAGAAAGAGGAAGACAUCGAAGUCCCCACGGGAGGGGACAUUUUUGAGUCACUAGCUGGUGCCAUUUACAUGGACAGUGGGAUGUCACUGGAGACAGUCUGGCGUGUCUACUGCCCCAUGAUGCGGCCACUCAUAGAAAAGUUUUCUGCAAAUGUGCCCCAGUCCCCUGUACGGGAGUUGCUUGAAAUGGAACCAGAAGCUGCCAAGUUUAGCCCAGCUGAGAGGAUGUAUGACGGGAAAGUCCAAGUUACUGUGAAAGUGGUGGGCAAAGGCAAAUUCAAAGGUGUGGGCCGGAGCUACCGGAUCUCCAAGUCAGUGGCAGCCAGAAUAGCCUUGCAAAGCCUCAAAGCAAAUCAACCUCAGGUUCCCAACAGCUGAAACCCCUCUGGAGAGAAAACCGGGUGUUUUUGUUUCUUUGUUGUUGUUGUUUUUUAAAAAGCAGAAUUAAGGGAAGAGAUAUUUACGUUGAAAAGGCUGAUUUUAAGGUGGAGAAAGAG